AUGGCUGACGAUACUCGGGACUCUACCACACAUAUGCCGAUCGCGGGCGCAAACGAACGGACAGCCUCGGAAGACUCUUCAUCGUCACGAAAAAAGACAAAGUAUGAGCUCCCAAAGUCGCAGGUCGGAAAGUUAUGGGAGGCGUUUGGCAAUCCAGAAGAAUCCGCAAACGUACUGUCAAAUACAGGCUAUAGUGGGACGAAGAAGGAUGCGAGCGACGUAUCGGUCACCGAAGCAAUGAAGUCAAUGUCUUUGAAAGAAGUCACCUCGUUUUAUAAAGCUCCAUGCGCUCGGGAUUCAUUAUUGCUAGGGAUCGGUGCCGGAUUUGGCAUCGGUGGGGUUAGGGGUGUAUUAGGGGGCCUGCGCUCAAUAUGGACAGCCUGCAACUGGGCCGUUGGGGCGUUCGCUAUCACUUCCCUCGCAGCUCACGAAUUCUGCCAGCGGCGACGAGUCCAAGAGUUGGAUGGCAUGAAGCAAGCAGUGGAAUUGAUGAAGGAACUGAAGCUCAAGAAACAGCGAGAGAAGGAAAAGCAGAUGGCGGAAGAGGCUGCCCGCUUAGCCGAAGAAGAGAAGAAAAGGAAGAGUUGGACGAACCUAUCGAAUUAUAAGUUCUGGUAG